GCGGGAGCAGGAGCGGCCCGCGGCGGUCGCGGGGGCCGGGCCUGGGGCCGAAGAGGCUGUCUCAGCGGAAGAGGAGGAGGAAUCGGAGCCCGGGAGCACCGGGCACGCGGGGGAGGCGGCCCCGACCCCCCCAAUCCCAGAGGCCGACCCGAGGAGGGGGCUUGGGGGGAGCCGCCCCCGAGCCCCGGCAACAUGAACUCCAACGUGGAGAACCUGCCCCCCCACAUCAUCCGCCUGGUCUACAAGGAAGUCACGACACUCACCUCAGACCCUCCCGAUGGCAUCAAGGUCUUCCCCAACGAAGAGGAUCUCACGGACCUGCAGGUCACCAUCGAAGGCCCAGAGGGGACCCCCUACGCAGGGGGCUUGUUCCGCAUGAAGCUGCUCCUGGGCAAGGACUUUCCGGCCGCCCCCCCCAAGGGUUUUUUUCUCACUAAGAUCUUUCACCCCAACGUGGGGGCUAACGGGGAGAUCUGUGUCAACGUGCUCAAGAGAGACUGGACCGCUGAACUGGGCAUCCGCCAUGUGCUGCUGACUAUCAAGUGCCUUCUGAUCCACCCGAACCCGGAGUCGGCGCUGAAUGAGGAGGCUGGCCGCUUGCUUCUAGAGGACUAUGAGGAGUAUGCAGCUCGGGCCAGGCUGCUGACCGAGAUCCAUGGUGGGGCUGGGGGGCCUGGGGCCAUGAGGGCUGCCAGGGGUGGCCCUGGUGGGGCUGAGGCUGGCCCAGCAGAGGCAGGGGCCUCCUCCUCAUCCCCACCAGGCCCCGGGGCUGAGGGUCCCAUGGCCAAAAAGCAUGCUGGGGAGCGGGACAAGAAGCAGGCCGCCAAGAAGAAGACUGACAAGAAGCGGGCUCUGCGAAGGCUGUAGGAAGGCCCCCACCCCACCCCAGGAAGGUGUGGGGAAGAGGGGGCAGCUUUUGUAUCUCACUAAGUUAUUUAAAUUAUG